ACUCGAGGCCCCUCUGCGUCGUUGGCCAGACUCGAAGACCGUAAAAACGCCGCCCCCUUGCUACCGAAGAGAUCGGCCCUCCUUUCCACCCUAGCGCUCUCUGUCCCCCUCUACGCCUCCUCCUAGUCGCCUCGUCGCCUUGCUGCCGGUGCCGCCGUUAGGGCUCUCUGCUACUUCACCACUGCGCCGCGCCUCUACCGGGCUGCGACUUCAGGAGUCCCAGAGUCCUCGCCCUCAUCUUCCCGGGCGCUUGAUUCGACCGAAGCGGAAGCGGGAGGAGGGGUACGAGUUUCCCGGUCUGCGUCAUUUCCCAGGUAUUCAUUAUUCCAGGCAUUUUGGCUGGUUCAACGCGAGUGCAAAUGAUGUGAGUGGGAGAUGAAGUAACAGGUUGGAUACCUUGUUUGUGUUAGUUCUUGAUAUUUAACCGGCGAUGAGUGGAACGGUUUGUUAUGCAGUUCCAAGAUUAUUGUCUUUGAUAUCUCAAAGAAAACCAGGGUGCAAUGGGUGGGAGUGUUAUACCAUUUAUUGGACAUGUAAGGCUUACAGAUCUUGUAGCCUCUGAAGGACUUCCAUCAGAUUCUUACAAGAUCUCAGUAUCAACUCUUGCACAAUCCCUUGCUCAAUAUUCUGCUGCUGUCAUUGAGUUUCCUCCUGGAGAUAGUGCUCUUCUCAGAUCUGGUCUAGAAUCUGCUCGUUUGUUUUUUUAUCAGCAUGAAUAUACUCCUACUGAUAUAGCUCACACGAAGAAAACCAGGGAAUGGUGCAAGACAUCUGGUUAUUAUGCUGAUCCUAUAUUGUGGCAAGAAACAUAUGAUUAUAGACCUGGACUUACUCCAGUAGAGACACAUGGUGCAAUGGAACUUACUCCAGGUGGCUUGCCUGACAUAUUUGCAAUACUUGGCAAGGCUGCCAGAGAUAUCUUGCAUGCAAUCAACUUUUCAUUAAACUUGCGUAGCUUUUCAUUUACAGAAGUACUUGAUAACAUGCCAUUGAGGAAUGGAGAAAUUUCCUCCUCAGUUCUUUCAGUAUGCUGUCACUCGAGACCAUCAUUUCAAGCAGCACAACACCAUGCUAUGACAGGCCUGGAAGGUGGACAGAUGGUCAUAUCCCCAGACCAUGAUAUUGACAAGGCAUUAAUCACUCUUGUCAAAUCAGAUAGAGCAGGAAUGCAUAUAAAAGAUAUUCAUGGGCGUUGGAUACUUGUGGAUGGUGAUCUUGGUCCUCAAGAUGCAGUUGUUUAUCCUGGACUAGCACUUUACCAGGCAACUGCUGGUUAUGUGAAGCCUGCUGUGCAUAGGAUGGAUAUAGUUAAUUCACAUGCUCACAUAGAUGGAAGAAGUUCAGUGAUUUUCAAGCUUAUGCCCAGAUCAAUGGCAAGUCUAAGCUGCUCUGAGAUGAGAGCAGCUGGGUAUGGAGUCGAAGCACAAUUCCAGAUUCCUAUAUCGGUGGAUGAAUUUAUGCGGAGACCACACUCUACUGAUCUUUUUGCAGCAACUCUGAAGCCUGAUAUAAAGAGGGAGAGAGGAAAGAAAGGGCACAAGUCUUUGCCCCCUUCUAAGAAACUACGUCUAGAGGCACAGAGGGUUCUUAAAGAACGUGUUCAAGCAAUUGCCGAAAAGAAAGGAGUUAAACUCAGAUUUUGCAAUGUCAAGGAAUGUGAACGCCACAUGAUAUCGCCAGAUAGCCCGUGUGGGAAGAUAAGGAUGGAGAUAGGAUGGCCUCCAGGGGUUCCAUUUGUUCAUCCACAUGACCUUCCUAACAAGGCAAAGCUUGGAUUCCUUGAAGCUUAUGAACCUGGUUGGUCCUCACUUCAGCAAGAUAUACAGUUAAGUUUAUUGAAGCUGGACAGACCAGUUGACAGGAUUUAAUCUUCAUGACUUUGAGCAUGUGGGCAUGCGCUGUCAUCUUGUGGAAUCACAAGCUCUGCGUAACAUGGUCCCAAUCACAGCACCUGAAGGUUUCUGAAUCUAUACCUAAGUUGUUCUAUCAGCAGGUAUUGCAAACAUCAUUCUUCAGUUCCAAGAUCCCUACAGGUAUGGGGUAACUAGACCGUAGUAGGUUUAUCGUCUGUGGUGUCACUUCUUCCUGCAAUCAAUUAUGCUUGAUUUUCCAUAUAACUUAGAAUGGGGAGAUAAAGGUGCCACCAAAGAUGUCAAGUUGUAGCUAUGUAGAGAAAAUUCUAUCCUCUCCUCUUGCAAUCAAUGCAACUUUUGAGAAAAGCUCUCGUCCUGAUGGGUAACUAUAAUAAAGGCAAAAAAUCAAAAAGGUGCUCUUUAUUUUCGUUAUCAUUUACGCCCCAUGUUAAAAAAAUUAAAAGAAUAUCCAUCCUAUUUUUGGCUAAAGCUACACUAAACGGUUUUAGUCAAUUGCUCUAUCUUGUAGCAGGGUUGAUUAAAAUUCUUUCAUGUUGUAGUACUUUUUAGCCAAAAUUACUGCAAAUGUAGCUGUUUCUGCAAAAUUGUUCCAAUAGUAUUUGACCAAUUUUAACUAAGUUGGACUAGUUUUGAAGACGUUGGAGGAGUUUUAACCAAUAUUGAAUUUAUUGAAUAUUAAUUUUGAGGAUGUUUUACUAGCUUUGAUCAAAAUUGCUACAGCAGUACUUGAACAAAAGUAUUUGGGGAAUGAAAAGGGUGACCAUUUAAUAUAUUUUUUUAAACAUGGGGUGCCUUUUUUAUGAUAACAAAAAUAAGGGCGCUCUUUGAUUUUUACCUAUCACAUGAGCUAUUUGGUAACGUUCAUGGUCUACUGUAUAGAUAUUAUGUCAAAAACAUGUACAAGCUUUUGCUUCAAAAAAGGAUGAAAGGUUCAAAAUUCUGCCACAACUUGUGGAAAACACAUGGGAGUUCUGGAUAUUGCAAACUACAAGUUGUAGGCAGCAAUUAUGACUAAAAUGUUAUCAUUAUAAGUCAAAUUGAAUGUCAGUGUCUUUUUAGUAUUUUCUCCAAUUCUGUGGGAUUUAGAACUUGUAAUACUUUUAUUUUAUUCUUAACUUUGUUUUCUUAGCUGUGAUAAAAGAAUACAUAUAAUAUAGUAGAACUAAGAUAAAAUCUUGGUGCUCCAUGGCACUGUUGAGUUGGAUCAUGAAUCUAUUGGAAGGAUUUCUAAUUUGAUUAUAUCAUGCUGCAAUUGUUUUACCAUUAUGUAGUAUCUGAAAUGUUCGUUUACACUUUCUAUAAUUAUUGACAUUAAAAUAAUGAAAUUACUUUGUUACUUGAGAAUUGUUUAAUCUUUUUACAAAACACAAUACAGACAAGUUAAAAUAACUUUUGCAUGAUUUAUUAUAUUAGGCCCCAUUUAUUUAAAAAAAGUAUCUUGAGAAAUAUGCUUGGCAUUAAAGUUGUAAAUUCUUAUAUAUUUCUUGUCCCUUUCUUGAGAAAUAUAGUUUUAAAAUUGUGUGGCAAUUUCUUUUGUUCUAAUAACUUAAAAGUCUUUCGAUGAAGUUAAAAUUUAUGUUAUUUUAUGAAUGCAGAAGCUCUUUGAUAUAUGAUACUCAUCUAUUGUUUUUCUUAAAUGGCGUGUAUAUUUACGAGUGCAUAAUUUUUGAAUUACAAGAGUUCUAUAAAUUUAGAUACUUUUUUUUUAUCCAUUGAUAGUUGAUGUCAUUUUGAUUAAUAAAUAUUUUCAUAUAUGUUAUCAUAUGAGUUUAAAUAUCUUAAUAUCUUAUGGAUACCUUCACAAUUAAAUGAAUAUUAUGAAUUUUAAUUUUUUUUGCAAAUUUCAUAUGCUGAUACUGGCACGGUUGGUCCCAUAGUAAUUUGAAGAGAGUCAUUAUAUGAAAAGGUAUUUUCUGUUGGUUUCGUCGGGUAUUGAUCCUUGUUUAUUUCUCCAAAUCUAUCAUAUGUUGAAUUUUAAUCUUUAGAUUACAUAUAAAUAGGUCGGAUGCUUGAUUAAUUAUAUACAAUGAAGAUCAAUACGAUUUGUAGAGAAUCUCGGGCAACAGUCUACUGUUUAGAGUUAUUCAAUCAAUUAUUGCAUUAUUGUGAGUUCAUUAAAUAUCAUUUUGUUUUGAGUCAACUCUUCUAUUUCAAGAAAUUCAAAACAAUCGAUUUUGAAAGCCAAUUGUUUACUAUUAUGUGUAUCAGUCUGAAAUAGUAGUUGACUUCAGCAGUCAAUUGUGCAUGUCUCGAUAAGGGUAGUAAUUACGGUUGUUGAUGAAUUAACAUCAGAAUUUAUGACUUUAAUAACCAUGUAAUUCAAAUAGAAGAAUCAAAAUUUAAAAUUUUCAGGUAGCACAAUCAUAAAUUUAAAUUUGUUAUUUUGGUUUCAUUUAAAUUUAAAUUAAUCAUAUCAAAUCCAAUUCCAAUGUUGUCCAAUCUUAAAUGAACGAAACCGAUUUGGUCAAGAAAAAAAAAUUUAAAUUAAAUUGAAUUAAAAAUUGAAUUCAAGGUAAACUAAAUUAAUAUAUCAUGGUUUUUAAAUUUUAUUCCGUUUUAAUAGUUUUCAUUUAUUAUUUAAGUAUGAAGAAAAUUAUUUUAUUUAUUUAUCUAUUUUACUAAAACUGCGCCAGUUAUCGCCUUUGACAAUUUUAGAUGUCCCAACAUAUUUAAAAUUAAAUAAUGAAUAUGAAAUAAUUUUUCAUUAAAAACAAUGUGGUUAAUUUAUUUAUAUAGAUAUAUGGAUGAAUUAUAUUUGACACGAUUUAAAUCCUUAUCAGUUCCAUUUUGUCGUCUUAUUUUCUUGUUCAAAUCCAAAACCAAAUAAAAAAAAUAACACAAAUAAAGAAACAAAAUCUGGGAACCGUUGGAUUGAUGAUCAAUGGCGACGUGGAGCUCCGUCUGAUCCCUCAUUUUCCUUCUCAUUUGUGUCACUCCGAUUCCAGCUGCCUCUUUGCCCGAUUCCAAUUUCCAGCCCCAAUCCCUCGCUCUCUGCCAGCUGUACAAGCGCCACCUCUCCGGCGAGCUCCGCCUCGAGGGCUUUCUGCAUCUUCUCGUCUCUCCCCUCUCUCAAUCCAGUUCGAUUUACUCCUUCUUCUUCAGGCGGAUCGCGGUUCGUUCUUCCAUGAUCAUCUGAGGUUGACGAGUUGAUUUGGUACGCCUUGGUGAUCCGUCCUCGGCACCGCGAUCCUGGUGGUUUGGGGACCGGAGCGAGGGGAAACCAUGGAGGGUGGGGAAGUCAGAAAGGUUUCUCGUGAGGACAUACAACUGCGCUGAACGUUUGUGGAUUCAGUUGGUAGGCCGUAGACAAGCGAGUGUAGCGGAAGCAGUGUUAUGCAUUGAGCCAUGCUAAGAGCCCAGGUGAUAUUGACGGAACUUCCACACAAGCCCCAAGUUGGUGAUGUGAGAUGAUCCAUUGGUUAAAAGGAUUGAGGGAAACCAAUUUAAGGUGCUGGUCAUUUUGAAUUGUUAGAGCCAUAGACUUUAGUGUUGCUAGGGUGAACCCCUGCUCUUCACCAAUAAGUUAGGGUGUUAAAGUUGGCUCGUAAUUGAGCUUGAGGAUGGAGCUGUAGGUAAUGAGUCACGACAAGAUUGUUUCUCGAUGAUAUGAUUCGGUAAAAAAAAAGGUAUCUUGUGGUUAGAGGUCCAUCAGUUCUAAUUAAUUAGCCAGUUAGGUAGAUUUGCCUUAUUACCUUAGCUAACCAAGGAAUAUUUCCUCUCUUGCCAAUGUAAGACUAAAUUGAAGACCAUAUCUAAAUUUUAGGACACUUGGCAUUAGUCACCUCAUGGAAUUCUCACCCACCCAAUGAUACUUCUCUGAUCUUAGAGAGAAAAAAAAAUGUCACUCAAAGCAUGCACAGCCCAUGUCGCAGCUAAUCACUUAGGUUCAGAACCUUAUUGAGCGGUGCCUGCAGCUCUAUAUGAAUCAAAAAGAAGUAAUUGACACAUUGUCUAUUCAGGCAAAGAUAGAGCCCAGUUUCACUCAACUUGUUUGGCAAAAACUUGAGGAAGAGAAUCGAGAAUUUUUUGAGGCAUAUCAUGUUAGACUCAUUGUUAAGAACCAGAUAAUGGUUUUCAA